ACAUGCACACCCAGCGCCGGCUCCCAGCGCAUGCACUCUCAGGUUUCUGUACUCACCUGAGCCUUCGCAGAGGGUUGCUGUCGCCUCUAGGAGAGGCGGAGUGGCGGCCUGGGCCGGGAAGGGGCCACUCCGAUGGGGGAGUAGAGAAAGCGGGAGCAACUCUAGCUCGGACCCGUGAACUGAGGUGAUGGCGCGUCUUCCUUAAAUCCCCUCCUCCAGCAUCCCCGCUCCCUCGCCUGGUCGGCUCUGGCGGGAGAGAGGUGGAGAGAAGGCCCCCGACCGCGGCGCGCACGCGGGCGCACGCUCGCAGGAAAGCGCACUGAGAAGGGCGCGGUGGCGGCGGCGGCGCAGCAAACUUGGGCGAAGUUAGUUGUAAGUGCCCGGCCGAGGCCGAGAAGAGCGGGAGGGGGCGGGGAAGAGGCCGUCUCGGGCUCGCCGCGCCGCAGCAGCACCGCCCUCCACUACCCUUACGCUCUGGUAGACCGCGCGGCCGCAAAGCCGGGAGGCCCAGUCACCCCGCGCGCCUGGAGAGGCUUGGAGGGAACGGAGUCAGCAUGUCCCGGGGGACGGCGAGACGCGGCGCCUUGGCGAGCCGAGAGAAUUUCCUCUGAGGCUGAGAGACCCCAGGCUUGCUCAAGCCUCAACUAACUUCUUGUCUCGCCAGUCCCGCACAGCAGCCGGAGAGGAAUAGCCGCGAGGCAGGUACCGGGGCGCACGGACAGCUGCUCCCCCCGCCCCCAAAUACUCGUGUCGAUUAGGGUUCCCUUCAGCGCUCCCUGCCACGAGCCAGGACGACCGGCUGGUGCUGCUGUAUUUGUAUUUAUAUCUAUUGCUUCGCUUCGCGUUCCCGUGGUGCGCCGGGACCCUCCUGCACCUCCCCCUCCUCUUCCUCCUCCGGGGUCACCUCUCCUCCUCCCCCACCUCCAUCUGCUACUGUCAAAUGAGAAAGUCACCGAAGAGAACCCAAACACUCCAGCAGCGGGGAGCCCCCUUUGGUACUUGGCAGCACGCGGCGACGGGCUUCUCUGCUCAACUUUGGGAAGCCUUCGCGACGCAACUUUCGGAGCUGCUUUGCGUUUAAGAGAGAAAAGGGAGAGGAGGGGGGAGAACUGCUGAGCAACAGCUACCUGCAAGAAGUUCGCGAGUAAACCAACCGGAGAGGAAGGACAAAAAGAAAGCAAAGCGAAAACUGCCACCGCGGAGUGGGGCCUUCUUGAGAAGUUAUCGUUCUCCGGAGAGGAUUUUCCCGAGCGCCCGGCCGGAGACACAAGGGCGGCCAGGGGCGAGACGCGGCCCUGGGCUGGUCCCCCACCCUUCUCCUUCCCGGCGGGAGUGACCCCGGGGCGAGAAGGGACGCGAAGUGGGGUGCGGCGAGUGCGGGCGGGCCGAGCAGGUCCCCGCGGGCAGCCAACAUUGAUUUUCUCCGGGCCGAAGGCGAGGGCCCGGGCGGCGGCGGGCUGCAGCCGCGGCACGGCGAGAGCAUGUCCAAGCCGGUGGACCACGUCAAGCGGCCCAUGAACGCCUUCAUGGUGUGGUCGCGGGCUCAGCGGCGCAAGAUGGCCCAGGAGAACCCGAAGAUGCACAACUCAGAGAUCAGCAAGCGUCUGGGUGCCGAGUGGAAGCUGCUCACCGAGUCCGAGAAGAGGCCUUUCAUCGACGAGGCGAAGCGCCUGCGCGCCAUGCACAUGAAGGAGCACCCCGACUACAAGUACCGGCCGCGGCGCAAGCCUAAGACGCUGCUCAAGAAGGACAAGUUCGCUUUCCCUGUGCCCUACGGCCUGGGCGGCGUAGCCGACGCCGAGCACCCGGCGCUCAAGGCGGGCGCGGGACUGCACGCGGGCGCGGGCGCCGGCUUGGUGCCGGAGUCGCUACUUGCCAACCCGGAGAAGGCGGCUGCCGCUGCCGCCGCCGCCGCCGCGCGCGUCUUCUUCCCACAGUCGGCCGCCGCCGCCGCCGCCGCUGCUGCAGCCGCGGCCGCCGGCAGCCCCUAUUCGCUACUGGACCUGGGUUCCAAGAUGGCAGAGAUCUCGUCGUCGUCGUCCGGUCUCCCGUACGCGUCGUCGCUGGGCUACCCCACCGCCGGCGCGGGCGCCUUCCAUGGCGCGGCCGCGGCGGCUGCAGCGGCUGCAGCGGCCGCCGGGGGGCACACGCACUCGCACCCCAGCCCGGGCAACCCCGGCUACAUGAUCCCGUGCAACUGCAGCGCGUGGCCCAGCCCAGGGCUGCAGCCGCCUCUCGCCUACAUCCUGCUGCCGGGCAUGGGCAAGCCUCAGCUGGACCCCUACCCCGCGGCCUACGCCGCGGCGCUAUGACCCCGCGGGGCCGCCUGGCGAGGACCGGUGUGAAUACGUGUACAUAUGUAUAGGUACGAACUCUUCGGCCUCCUUGUGCGCCCUUCCGCGCCGGGUCUCCAUUUGUAUGUGCAGAAGAUGUAUAGCUGCCAGGCAGAGGCAAAGAUGCAAGUCGGUGCGCGAGUGGCCGAGCGCGCUAGACCGUGGGCGAGUGCGAGUGUGACUUCACAGAAUCACUUCAGACCCUCACUUCGGCAGCAAACUUUAAAGAGGUCGGUUGUAUCCGGCAGCAGUUGAUAUCUGCUUUGCACUUCGGAACCUGUUGCGUUUUUGCCCACAGAGGUUGAGGAGCAACUUUUUGAUAUGUUGGCCUUUACAGUUUUGUUUGUUAGAAAUUUUAUUAUCGGGUUUGUUUUU